AUGUUCCUGAGCCUCUCUGCAGUCCCACCCCCAACGCCUCCCACCCGAGCGGGCAGGGUGACCCCCCCACCCCCACAGAGUGCACGGAUAAUGUCUCCUGAAAACUGCUUAGUUCUACAGCACUUUCUGGUGUUCCAGGUAUCAUUUGUUAAACAUAUUUUUAGAAUCUAUUCCGCCCGAGUUCAGAAGUUACAGAUAAAGCAGAGCAAGUCAGAACUGACCGCCAAAAUGGAUGUGGCCCGGAGCCCUGGGUGUCCCAACGGGAGGGAAUUAGAGGGGCCUGUGGAGGCUUACUGGAGGCCAUCGCAUGUUUUCUGGAAGUUUCAUCCAGGAUGA